GCAUAAUCGACUCGAACGCCUGCCAUCGCCGCCCGAGCCCGCCAGGGAGCACGCACACGUCUCCUUGACGCCGUCGACGCUGUCCCGCGCCGCGAGGCUGCCACCCACGACACCUCCCCAAGCUGCCCCAGCAAACCAUGGCCGCCAUCCUCGACGCAAGCGACGCCCUCGCGCGCAUGACGCAGCUCAUGGAGAACGCGCCGCCGCCGCGACUCUCGAAGGACCAGCCGGAGCUCAAGCGGCCCACGAGAGAAUGGCUCGACAGUAUGUACGGUGCAGACAAAAAGAAGUCGGAAGCUAGUGGCGAGCCGGCAUGGGUCGCCGACCACGUCGCGAAGAACGAGGCGCUGCGCAAAGCAAUUGAGGAGAAAGAAGAAAUGACCCUCUGCGAGGGGGAGCGCCCCUACGAGGACGAGCCUUCGACAACACCUCUGCUGGCGGACGACCGCGAUGUGGUGCUGAAGGCUGUCCAACGGGACGGGUUCGCGCUCGCGCGGGCGCCUGUUUCGUUCCGCAGUGACGAGGAGAUUGUGCGGGCGGCCGUGGGGCAGGCGCCGCGGGCCCUGAAGUACGCGUCGGACGAGCUGCGGGCGAACCGCGACCUCGUGCUUGAGUGUGUCAAACGCGAGGGCCUGGCCCUGCACGGCGCUUCUGCCGAACUCGGGACCGACCCCGAAAUUGUUGAAGCUGCGAUGGCCCAGAUCGCCGAAGCGGCGCUCAAGGCCGAGGCCGACGAAGAGGAAGAGCUGCGCCAGUGCCCGGUCGCGCCGUUCUACCCCGAGGGCCAGGACCACACGACCUAUAAAUGGCGGACGGAGCGGCUGCCGUCCGAUCCCACGUUCGAGCUGCCGGCCGAGGUCGCGGGGGACCUGCACGGGAAGAAGCCUCCUCCUCCUGCCGCCGCCGAGGACUAAUUAUUAUGACUCUUCUGGCGCGGGCCGCGCGCAUAAGUAGAAUUCGACGGGAA